GCAACAACAACAACACGGGACACAGAGGCAGUACCAUUCAUAGCAGCAGCAACAGCAACAACAGGACAGGAAGAAAGAGAAACAGCAGCAGCAUCAGAAAUAGCAGCGGAAGCAGCAGCAGCUCUUAGAGAAGCUAUAGAAGAAAGGACAGCCGCAGCAGCAGUCACAGAAGCAGCCGCAGUAGAGACAGCAGCAGAAGCAGCAGUCACAGAAGCAGCCGCAGCAGCAGUAGAGACAGCAGCCGCAGCAGUCACAGAAGCAGCAGCAGUAGAGACAGCAGCCGCAGCAGUCACAGAAGCAGCCGCAGCAGCAGUAGAGACAGCAGCAGAAGCAGAAGCAGCAGCAACAGCAGGCGGAGUGUGUCGGCGGACAGGCCGUUGCCAUGGCAUUCGCGGUGAACUACACGUCGGAGUGGUGGGUGUCGUGGCUGCACAGCUUCCCGCACGUGAGCUUCGGCUUCCAGCUGCUCCACAGCGACUUCCAGCCGCAGGCAGAGACCUACCUGCAGUCGCUGGUGUUCCUGGUGGGCAUCGCCGCGGCGGGGCUGGCGCUCAACCUGCUCGUGCUCUUCGUCUACUUCGUGCGCCUCUGCUGCUGCCGCCGGCACGAGGAUGAAGCGCAGAAGCGCUCCAACGUUUGCUGCACCACCUGGUGCAUCGUCAUGGCCACGCUCAUCUGCAGCGGCGCCAUCGGUGUGGGCUUCUACGGGAACAGCGAGACCAACGACGGGGUCCAGAGGCUCACCGCCAGCCUGCACAACGCCAACAGCACGGUGCACACGGUGGACACACUGGUGCUGGUGACGGAGUCGAGCCUGCGCGAGGCUGUGGGCUCGGAGCUGCUGCGGCUGGAGGAAGCGUUCGCCAAGCGGCCCGAGUUCCUGCGCCUGGUGCGGCGGGCGUGCACCGAGCUGGACGGCCUCCUGCAGCAGCUGGCCGGGGUGCCCUUCUGGGGCCGCGGCGUGUCGCUCGAGCGCACGGCGCACAGCAUCUCCUUCGUCGAAUUCUACAGGUGGCUGGCCUACCUACUGCUGCUCAUCCUGGACAUUAUCAUCUGCCUGUUGGUGCUGCUGGGCCUCUCGAAGCAGUCACGGUGUCUACUCAUCCUGAUGCUGUUGCUGGGCAUCUUGAUGUUGAUCGUGAGCUGGGGAACUCUCGGAGUGGAGGUCGCAGUGUCUGUGGGCGUGAGUGACUUUUGCAUGGCCCCAGAGAAGUAUAUCACGAACCUAACACAGGAAUAUUCCAUCAUGAGCAAAGACGUGUUGCAGUACUACCUCCACUGCAGCCUCCAGACGAAAAACCCUUUCCUGCGGAAGAUGACGGGCAGCCUCCGCAUCCUGUCGGACUUGCAGUCCCUGGUACUGGAGCUCAUCAUCUUCGCUGUGCAGGAAUUCCCUGCCAUGCAGAAGGAGCUGUGGAACAUCCAGGGGUCGCUGAAUGCGACGGAGACCUCCAUCCACCAGCUGACCGCGCUCGUGAAUUGCCGUAGCCUGCACAAGGACUACGUGGAAGCUCUCAACGGGGUGUGCUCGGAGGGCCUCAAGGGGAUGCUUUUUCUGGCGCUCUUCUCCAUCGUCUCGGCCCUCAUGUUCAACAGCGUCAUCUGCAUCGCCCCGAAAACCUGGCGCAACUUCCGCAAGAGGGAGAGGCAGUAUGAGGACAUGGAUGAGGAUGAGCCGUGCCGGCAGCCGCCAGGAAGCACACGCCGCCCGCCACUGCCGAGCUUCUACAGUUACAGCAGCUUCGGCAGCCAGACGAGCAUUCAGCCUACCUCCCAGUCCAUCACCAAUGCGCCCGUCUCCGAAUACGUGAAUCAGAACACGGCCUCGGGUAACAAUCCCAGGCACGAGAACGUGCCGUUGAUCGGACGCAAUUCUCCUCCGCCCUCCCGGUGUCCGAGCCGCGCCACCUCGGGGCGAAGCCGCAGCCGGCAAUCAAACGGCUGGGAGACCGUUAAAGUAAUGGAGGAGCGCUUUUAGCUCAGACUCGUGUCUCCUCCUUCUCCUCUUCAUCGUCGUGCCCAGAGCCCAGUAUUCGCCGGGUAUGAGGGUCUCCUCCCUGUCCACGACCAGCGCGCACGACCCGGGACGAGCGGGCGACGCCACGGAAAGGAGAAGCUGAGACGCGGCGUGGCGCGGGAGACGCGGAGCGGAGGAGGGACGUUACCGGGCAACGACGCCCGCCCUUCCACCCGCACGCCGCUCGCAGAUCGUGGCCACGGCCUGUGAGCCCAUGUGACAUCUCUCACCCGUGUACAUUUCUGUUUUGCUGUUGUUGUUGUUGUUAUCGCUGUACGGGCCAUUGUUGCACAUGUCUCUACAGGUCAUCUAUCUAAACUAGGUCUCGCUUUUUUUUUCCGACCAUCAGUUCACCGAUGUUAUAUUUUGUUCUCUGAAAGUGGAAUACCGCACGGAUAAUUCAAUGUGGCUUCGUAAGGGCUGCAGCUGUAGCGUGUAGCUGUAUGGGCACAUGCCGUGUGUUUGUUUUAUUAUCAGGGUUAGGAUGUGGCGUGGGAAAUCAACUCAAUGCUUGUGGGACAGAGCUUAUGGCUCGGCACCAUUCUUUAUUGUCAGUAGUGUUGCAUACUUUGAGCCCGAGGUGAUUCAUUUACGCAAUUGAGAUUAAAUAUAGCAAUGGUUACCCCCUACUGGCAGACUAAUGCGAGAAUAAGGCUGACGAUGAGACAGUUGCCACUGGGGGUGCCCUUCGAAUGAUUGAAAUGUGAUGUAAGGCAUUUUGAAUUGCUGGCACAUUUAAGCGACGCCAUAUAUGUGCCGUGUUUAUUGUUCGAGAUACAGACACAGUGACAUCUUACCACUGCGGUUGUAGCUCUCCCCUUGUUGAGAUGUCUCACCUUGAUGCACGAUGGUCAACUUAUCUUCAGCAAGUAACAGGAUGGCAGUACAAGGUACGGUUCUUGUGCCAUGAGUUUAACUUCUCCAACUGAAGUCUGCUGCAUGAAACGUCUCGUCCACCGGGGUGCUGAUUUUGUGAGGGAGCCACUGGUCGGCCACGCAUUGGACACAGUGCGCACGAAGCGUGAACCACCUGGCACAGGCCAUGUAGCUGUUGUCAGCAGCGAUGGUGGCGUUCGUUUUGGUGCCCUCGUAUAUAGAUGUAGUUUGAACUUCUUUCGCGACUUAUAUAGCCAACCGUGCUAAGCAGAGGUGUGCGGGAAGGACAGCAAACUAAACACAAGAAGCAGUUCUAAAGAAAUUCGUUUUCAAUCUCGAUGAUGAUGAUUUAAAGGUGCAUAGCUCCAGUGGCUUCCCAAUAUCGAAAGGAAGAGCGUUCCAGACGGCCGCAGAAGCGCACCCGAAAGCGCCGCGAUGCGGUGGCCCGCCCUCUUUGCCUGAUGGCCAGCCGAAGAAGCACGUGACCCGAACUCGUGAGCAAUCCUUGCGACGAGACCCGUACGAUGGAGAUCCAGGGAAUUCCCCCCUCAUCAGUCUCGUUGUCUGCGCGCUGUCUGAAGCGAGGGCAGAUGCUGCGACGCGCGGCCUUCCGGCGCAUCGCAGCCCAUUCGGAGGCAGUGGUGGCGGUGCGAACGAGAAAGUUGGUUUAACACGUAGGCUUUCGCGACCAAUAUCAUCCAUAGUAAGAGUUUUUUUUGGGUUAGAUCACGUAAAUGGAGAUUUUUUUUGGGUUAGAUCGCGUAAAUGUUUACACGAUCUAACCCAAUAAACCUCUAUUAUGAAUGGGAAAGUAAUUUAUUUACACACACAAGCCGCUCCGCAAAUCAGGCUCGCCGAAUUAGAUUGAGCAGCGCAUUAAUACUGCGUCGGUCCACUUCUCUUGCACGUUGUGGGCCUGAAGAUCUGUGGAUCAGUUUUGAUGUAAAUAAGUGAAGCGCAUUGCCACAAGACUCCUCCCCCCCCCCUCCACCCACCGUGCAGCUAGCCCGCCUGAAUUCAUCUCGCGCACGUUCAGUUCACGAAACAAGUAUGCGUGCAGUGCGCCCUACUUCCCAUAUCUCGCCCUCUGCAUGAACAAAAUGAAAGUGUUUUUGUUUAGAUUUUUACCCGUAUACUGUAUGUAGAAUGGCUCGACAUUGAUUUUUAAAGGCGCGUCAACAUCGCAGGCUUGCAGCGGUUUGAUGUUCAUGUUGAGGUCACGUUACACAGUGUGAUCAAUGCCAGGGACCACAUAUUCUCUUUAGAAUGUUGCUUCAAAGUACCUACUACCCCUGUUAACAAAGUGACUGUAACGUUUUCUAAAGAAACAACAACUCUCUAAUCUGCGCAUCAGGUGUAUUACGUAUUUUACCCUCGCCGCAGUUUGUGUUUGUUAACGAACACGAUGUAGCUCGAGUUAGCUGCCCUGUGUGAAGUCAUUAUUAUUAAUAAUAGUAGUAGCGAGUAAAUAUUAUUUGUUGCAUCUAUGAAACGAAAGGGAAGGAGCCUUGAUCCCAGCAACACGACUACCUGAUGAUGACGACGAUGAGUAGAGAAUGCGUAGAGUAAACAUCACUCUCUCUACGUACUGAGAGUGAUACCCGACUAGGAGCAUUCGAUUUGCUGGCCACAACAUGAUGCCAGUUGAUAGCUUUCCAUUUUGUCCACGACUCAGCAGUGUAAAUAAUAUUUUCCCGAAUUUAUUGUUCGUGAUGUUUUUCUUACACACUAUAAUACACAAAAACCUGCCAAUCAUAUUCAUGACAACAAAAUAAUACGUUCUGUAAAGGCUUUUUGCAUUUUACCUAACAUCCCUCACCUAACAUCCCCAGUGAAAGUUGCCGAUGCGUUUCCGCAAAUCAAAGUGAAAGCUACGUAAAAUUGUAGAGAGCAGUGGGAUGUGGAUGAUGUACAAUCAUGCGCACUUUGAGAUGUGUUGUGUUAUUCCGUCAUUUUCAGCCCUUCGUAAAUUACAUCCCUGCCGCGAGCGAUGCUGCCGCUCUGCUAGAACGCAAGCCUCGGUGCACCAGGAUAGAAUGUUAUUGACAACGCAUUGUCCGUUCGUAUUCUAAAUUGUCAGUUGAACCGUAUGGCGGGACCCCGGGGGUUCCGAAUAAACGGAAGUCAAAAUCGUAAUGAAUUAAUUCAUGUAUUGGCGACUCCGUCCCGCCGCGCACAUAAAUUGCCGUAGUCAUAAACAAAACUUUGAAACUUGUAUAAGCGCAUCGUGUAGAGCUCGUCGAGAGGAAUAGAUCGCCGUGUCGUUCGCCUUCAGCAGACAUAAAAUGAUCUCGCAACGCAGUUUCCGCGAGAGCCGGGAGCUUACGGGACCCCGGGGGUCCUGCCAUAAGGUCCAGUUAAUGUCUGUGAAGAAAAAAAAGGCGAAGCAUAGCAGCUGUCAAGAAUCGCGUGGAGACGUGAGAACAUCUCUCUCAGUGUUUCAAACUAACUUUCAUAAUGACAAUGAGCGGCUUUGGUAAUCUUUGCGUGUUGACGUCAAAACUAUUAACACGAGUCAUUUUAAAUGUCACAAACGCAACCGCUGCGGGGCUGUUUUGUUGUUGUUGUUGUUCAUUAAUCAGCUGUGAGAAACUAAAAAUUAUCGUGUUGCGGGCCGCACCACUGGGUUCCUGUGCAGGCCGAGUGGCCCGGCCCUGCGGUGACGUCAGGGGGCACUGCCAGUUGCGUUCACGAGCGUGUGUGGCCAAAGCUUAGAGUUGGGGCCCCCUUAACAGCUUAUUUUGCGAAGAUGGGAGCGCCCCUACAGCGUUAUGUAUUCGAGACCGUGAGCGUAACGAUGCUGUGAUUAGGAUAAGAGGAGCCGAGGUGUAUAAUUAGAGCCUCUGAGUGCGACCGUCCGAGACAAAUUAAAUAUUGGGGCCCCCACCUGACCAAUUUCCGCACCCCCUGAGCUGAUAAUGUCGUUACUACAACACAGGCCACUGCUCGUAAACAGCCUCCUCCCGAGUUCUGAUAUAGGACGAGGGUCGUCACGGAGACAUGGUACUUCUCCGCCCAUGCCCUCAUGGGUUAGCGCACACAAGACACAGCAAUGGCCGGGCCUUUGUCGCUGCGGUCGUAGCUUGUACUGUUGUAACGAUGCGCAGAGUAGUCGAUUCGAAUUGAUUCUAAAGUUCACGGUGCAAUCGUCGUACAUCGAUGGAAUCGCACGCGCGCAAGAUUCGAUCGUGCCCAAACGUGCACGCGUGGUGCGCGUUGAACACGAUCCACACGAUCAGCCCCUGCGACCACUGUGAGGCCGCUUCAUUCAUCACGCGGAACAACAAUCGUCAUCGGCUCAUUCCGACGUUGAAUCAUGCCCCCCUCCCUCCCCCCCCAAAUCAUCGUGACGAUUUCCUAAAUCGCAAUGGGGCGGGGGGGGAUCAUCAAUGUGAGUAGCGUAGCAAAGCGCGAGAUCUUGUGCUACUGCACCUGGCCCAUCCCUCUUUGUCUUUCAUUGGCUCGACACACCGGAGUGCAUUCGCUGACUCCAUGAACUCGUGCCACAUCUCCGAAUGCGCUGAGCCACAGGCGUUCUUCUCUCGCUGUUGGACUCGUGUGCGAGCGCUUGGAGCAUUGUCACAAAUUGUAAUUCGUUAAUGCCCCCCCCCGCCACCCCGCUCCAAACGUGCGGUUUUAAAUGGGUGGCGUCUAAGUUUUAAAGCCGCAGUGUAUCCCGUGCUGCACAUGUCCUAGCAAUCAUCCGUACGUGGUAUUGAUGUUGGCUUUCUUCCGCGUAACUUCUUCACGUGUGUUUCAUUGUACCCUUAACUGCUCGAGAACUAUUAUGGCAUGCUGCUUCUGUUGCAUCCAAUUCCAGGUGAAAUGUGAGUGUCAGUGUAACGCUUGUGUCUGGUCGCCACGUGUGAACCGUGCUAUGGCCUGCAUGCUCACGGCGUGUGCACUCACGUCGUUUUUGCAUUCGUAUCUCAUUCGUGCAAAUGCAUGGGCCCAAUAAACAUUGAACGUAGUGGGUCUACGUUGGGACGCGGGUUUCAACCUCGUGCCAACGGUCGGCCCAACGUUGCACGCUACUGGGAGCAGGGUAGGUGUGUCAACUUUCAUAGCGUCGUCUGCGUUACACUUCCGUGAGCUAACUCGUGCUCCCACAGAAAACCAUACUUUGGCAUAAUGUAGAUUUUUUUUCCAUGCAAGCGUUCACGUCCAUUGAUAAGAAAUGUGUUGUGAAAGUGAACGCUGUAUAAACAUCAUAUGAGGGUGGGCGUGCUCUUGGAUUCCACAAUAUAUAUUGUACAAUACAGGCUCCACCAUUAUCGUGUCGUUCGUUUUUAAAAUAUUGUAGCUUAGGGAUUAUUGUUUCUUACAUUUUUCUUAAAUGAUUAAUCUCCUGACAUUCCAUUUAUAUAGUAAAAAAAUAUAUAGUUGGAAAUACAGUCAUAAUUAUGAAUGGUUCAAAUAACUUGCUAUUGUGCAGAAAAUUCAUGCUUUUUAAAGAGUAAUUAACUGCAUGGUGGUUACAUGACGUCGUAGUUAUCAACAUUAAUGAGAUUAAGUAAUAACUUUGUACUGACAGCAUGUGCAUCACAAGUAUUGUACACCGUGAUUGAUUAGAAGACCUGGAGCGCGCUAAUUCUUGAGUGAACCGCAUACAGUAAGUCGUCUGUAUUCGUAUAGCAAAGCACAACAUAAGACAAGGAAAGUGCCAAAUACAAUUACACGAGCGAAGGGAAACCGAUACCGUGAUCAUCGUCCUGCCGUGACAUCUCGUGGCAGGGCCGUGCCCACAUCGUUAGAGGUGGAUAUAUGGCGUAUAAAUUAAGUUUCCACGAUGUCCAAUUAAAAGUAUCCAACAUGGAGCAUACGUUGAGGACAAAUAAUUAUUUCUUCACAAAUAUGACAUUCGUGAAAAAUGGCGAAAACGGCUUGUGACGUACACCUCCAUACUAAGACCGUUUAAAAUUAUCAGGUCGCCCCCACUGCCCCCUACACGGUGGUCGUGUUGAAUGGCACGGCGCUGCUGUCGAGUCGCGGCGCA